UCCCCUUCUGUCUCUCACUAGAACUACAGGUUGAGGUACACCUAGAGAGAGAAAAUAAGAACAUACACAGCGGAGCGUGUUUCUGCGUCUUCCGGCGACCGGAGUUCUAUCGAUUGCUUCUCAGUCGAUACAUCCUCUCUUGACUCGAGAUCCGAGACAAGAACAGAGGAAUUUUGCUGGGCUCGUGAGAGGGUUUUGCUGAGAUUAGGAGAAAAUGGCUAGCGGCGAGGGGUUUCUGACGGAGGAGCAGAGGGAGACGCUGAUGAUAGCCUCACAGAAUGCGGAGGUGAUGUCAUCGUUGUCGCAGGGGUCCUCGCCUAAAUCCACUGGCCCGAAGUCUCCUGGUCGGAACCCGUUUAUGCUGUCCGAGCACCAGCAUCAUGUGAAGGCGCCGGGUGGGGGGCAUUCGGCUGCGGUGGGGGGCGUGGCUGUCAGACACGUUCGCCGCUCGCACUCUGGAAAGCAUAUCAGAGUUAAGAAAGGAGAUAAUAGGAAUGAAGAGAGAGUGAAACCCUGGAAACUUUACGUACAAUUUUGUUUCUACGACCACGUGGUCCUUGCUCAGUUUCCUUAUAACACUGGUUUAACCUGGACUGUCACAAUAGAUGGUGCUGGUGGUAAAGGUACCUGGGGAAAAUUACUCGACACUGAUGGUGAUUCUUUUCUCGAUAAAAACGACCCAAACUAUGACAGUGGAGAGGAGCCUUAUGCCCUAGUUGGAUCAACUGUCUCUGACCCUCUGGACGACUACAAGAAAGCUGUGGCAUCUCUUGUAGAGGAAUAUUUCACCACUGGCGACGUUGAUGUUGCUGCCUCUGAUCUUCGAGAGCUCGGGUCAAGCGAGUACCAUCCUUACUUCAUCAAGCGCCUUGUAUCUAUGGCCAUGGACAGGCACAACAAAGAGAAGGAGAUGGCUUCGGUUUUGCUCUCAGCCCUUUAUGCUGAUGUCAUAGGCGCAGCACAAAUCAGCCAGGGCUUCUUCAUGCUGCUUGAGUCAGCUGAUGACCUUUCGGUUGACAUACCGGAUGCCGUCGAUGUUCUGGCCCUGUUCAUUGCCCGCGCGGUGGUCGAUGACAUACUUCCCCCGGCCUUCAUCACUCGGGCCUCCAAGAAGCUUCCGGAAGCUUCCAAGGGUUUCCAGGCUCUUCAGACGGCUGAGAAAAGCUACCUCUCAGCUCCCCACCACGCGGAGCUCGUCGAGCGGCGCUGGGGUGGGACCACGCACUUCACGGUCGACGAUGUGAAGAAAGAAAUCACAGAUUUACUGAGGGAAUAUGUCGAGAGCGGGGACACUUCUGAAGCGUGCAGGUGCAUCCGGCAGUUAGGCGUCUCGUUUUUCCACCACGAGGUCGUGAAGAGGGCUCUGGUACUGGCCAUGGAGAUUCGCUCGUCCGAGCCUCUCAUCCUGAAACUGCUCAAGGAAGCAGCUGACGAGGGCCUGAUAAGCUCGAGUCAGAUGGUCAAAGGCUUUUCCCGGUUAUCCGAAAGCCUGGACGAUCUCGCCCUCGAUAUUCCCUCAGCAAAAACAAUGUUCCAAACCAUCGUCCCUCGGGCGGUAUCUGAAGGAUGGCUCGACUCGUCUUUCGCCAAAGCUGCUUCCAACGAGGUUGGCGGUGAUAGAAACCCGGACGAAAACGACGAAAAGCUGAGGCGCUACAAAAAAGAAGUCGUCACCAUAAUCCACGAGUACUUCCACUCAGACGACAUUCCCGAGCUAAUCCGAAGCCUGGAGGAUUUAGCCAUGCCCGACUACAACCCGAUUUUCCUCAAGAAGCUAAUUACCCUCGCCAUGGACCGUAAAAACCGAGAAAAGGAAAUGGCUUCUGUCUUGCUCUCCGCCCUUCACAUCGAGAUCUUUUCGACCGAGGACAUAGUCAACGGCUUCGUGCUCCUUCUGGAGUCUGCCGAGGACACGGCCCUCGACAUUCUCGACGCAUCCGAUGAGCUGGCGUUUUUCCUCGCGAGGGCCGUGAUAGACGAUGUGCUGGCGCCUUUAAACCUGGAGGAAAUCCGGAAUUUGCUCCCUAGCAACUGCUCGGGUAGCGAGACCGUGACCAUGGCUCGGUCACUGAUAGGCGCCCGCCACGCGGGCGAGAGGAUCUUGCGGUGCUGGGGCGGUGGGACUGGGUGGGCCGUGGAGGAUGCAAAGGACAAAAUCCAGAAGCUUCUGGAAGAAUACGACAGUGGGGGCGCGGUGGGGGAAGCGUGCAGGUGCAUUCGAGACCUGGGGAUGCCGUUUUUCAAUCAUGAGGUGGUGAAGAAGGCGCUAGUGAUGGCUAUGGAGAAGAAGAACGAUCGUAUGCUGGACUUGCUCGGGGAAUGUUUCGGUGAGGGGCUGAUCACGAUUAAUCAGAUGAGCAAAGGGUUCAACAGGGUGAAGGACGGGCUGGAUGACCUGGCGCUUGAUAUCCCGAACGCGAGGGAUAAGUUUGGGUUUUACUUGAAGCACGCGAGGGGGCACGGGUGGCUGCUGCCUUCGUUCGGUUAGGGUUUUUAAACUUUUUUCUUAUAAGAAAAAGAAUUGCCAGUGCAUGUUUUGAUGUUUUCUUGUUGAUUUUUUUUACUUUGUUUGGACCUGUUUUCGUUUGUAUCUGGGGCGCUCUUCUCUGAUGGAUCAUUUUAUGGGUCUCUUGUCGUUUUUAUCAUGUGUUUGGUUGGAUUUUAAUGAAAGAUGGUGUUAUGAAUAUGCGCUUUGGAUCUGUUGGAAGAUGAUAUAUUUUCUGAGGUUAUUUUGCGGACCUAUGAGUUUCAGGUUAUGGCAGCUCCUAAUAUUUUUUUUUUUAAAG